AUGAUAUACCAUAAUAGCAGCAAUUUUCACCCUGCCACAUUUUUCCUUAUUGGAAUUCCAGGACUGGAAAAGUUCCAUGCCUGGAUUUCACUGCCUUUCUGCUCUGUUUACCUGGUAGCUUUGUUCGGCAAUGCCACAAUUCUGCUGGUCAUCAAGGUGGAGAAGACCCUCCGGGAUCCUAUGUUCUACUUCCUGGCCAUCCUUUCAAUGAUUGAUUUGACUCUUUCUACGACCUCUGUGCCCCGCAUGCUGGGCAUCUUCUGGUUUGAUGCUCAUGAGAUUAACUUUGGGGCUUGUGUUGCUCAUAUGUUUUUGAUACACGCCUUCACUGGCAUGGAGGCUGAGGUCCUACUGGCCAUGGCCUUUGACCGAUAUGUGGCCAUCUGUGCUCCACUCCACUACACAACCAUCUUGACAACUCAGGUGCUGGUGGGCAUUAGUAUGUGCAUUAUAAUUCGUCCAGUUCUGCUUACUCUUCCCAUGAUCUAUCUCAUCUACAGACUACCCUUUUGUCAGGCUCAUAUAAUAGCCCAUACCUACUGUGAGCACAUGGGCAUUGCAAAAUUGUCCUGUGGAAACAUCCAUAUCAAUGCUAUCUAUGGGCUUUUUGUUGUUUCUUUCUUUGUCCUGAACCUGGUCCUUAUUGCCAUCUCCUAUGUUUACAUCCUCCAUGCUGUCUUUCACCUCCCAUCCCAGGAUGCACAUCUAAAAGCCCUAAGCACUUGUGGCUCCCAUGUUGGGGUCAUCUGUGUUUUCUAUAUCCCUUCUGUCUUCUCUUUCCUUGCUCACCGAUUUGGACACAACAUACCACGAUACAUUCACAUUCUUGUGGCCAACAUCUAUGUGGUAAUCCCACCCUCCCUCAACCCCAUCAUUUAUAGUGUGAGGACCAAACAGAUACGAGAGCCAGUGUGCUAUGUCUUCACCAAAAAAUUAGACUCUAUCACCUUCCUUUACAAAAUAUUUUGA